UGUCUGGUUAUGCUCGUAUCCCAGAUCAGGGUCAACGUGGGCUCAAGAAAUGAUCUGGCUACUCGGUCAUGACCUGGACUUUGAAGGGGCCAAAAUAUCAUUAGAGAAUCGCUGCCCCCUCGUAGAUUUGGCAUACAAAACUACCGAGAGCCAAGUCCUUCCCAUAGACAAGGUGAAGCACUACAUGGGCCGGCCCCGAUACAUUCGUAGCCACUUGCCCUGGGAACUCCUCCCAGUGGACAUGCUGAGGGAAGACGGCACUGUGAGGCCCAAGAUAAUCUACACCUGUCGGAACCCAAAAGAUGUGGUUACAUCCUACUACCAUUACGCGAGUCUGGUGCACGACUAG